CAUUUCAUUUCUUCUCUCCAUUUUCUUUUCACAAUAAUUCCUCUCGGCAGUCACUUAUCGUUGCCUAAUCUUAAUUUCUUUUUGAAUAAGAAGAUGGUCUCCAUACGUUUGGUUCGAGCAGCUCUGGCGGCGUCGAUAUUGAGUGUGACAGCAGCACAAGCCUCAGUGCCCAAAGACUUGAGCGCCGGAUUCGAAGACAGCGGUGUCGAACUUCAGGCCUCUUUCACGGGUUCAGCAACUGAGGGCUUCAAAGAUGGCAGCACCUUCACCAAAGACCAAGUAGGAAAGGUGCCCGCAUUUGCGCUCGGAGACUCCAGUGGAAUCUCAACCACAACACUCUAUACCGUUCUGAUGGUUGACACUACACAAGACAACGCCCGUAUACUACAUUAUGCGCGUGCCAAUUUCAAAGUCAGCUCCAUAGUCAACAUCGAGUCGCAAGAUGACCCACUGCUAGCCUACAAGGCGCCCGGCGCGUUUGGCGAGACGGGUGACGCCCGCAAGUACACAUUCCUUCUAUACAAAAACCCUCAGCGACAACGCAUCACCAGCCUCGACCUGCCAGAGGAGGGCAAGCCAUUCGACAUCAAGAAGUUCCAGACGGACAACGGUCUCCCGGAUCCCGGCGCUGGACUCGGAAUGACAGUGAAUCUGGGUGGUGGCAGCGGCGAAGGCUCAGGUGCAGGCGACUCACCUUCGUCUUCAUCUUCUGCUGCAGGAGGCGAGCGUACCAGUGCAGCCAACCCUCCUUCCGCACCCUCUUCUGCCGCCGCCUCCUCCUCCGCUGCCUCACCUCAGCGCCCAACAGGCCCAGCAGCACCUGCACCAGCACCAACAUCCAGUUCAGAGGCCCGUCCCUCGUCUGAACCCGCAGCCCCAUCACCCCCAUCCCCCACCAACCGCCCUGGCUCGCAGCCUGAACCCGAAGCUCCCGCAGGUCAGAGCUCCCAGCAGCCUGCAUCGACCCUCCAGACGUCAGCGCAAGCACCGCCUGCCGAUGCCACCGCUGCGCCUGGAACCCCCGACGCACCAGCUUCGCCAGAUGCUCCAGCUGCUCCACCAUCGGAAGAGGCUGCUCCACCUGCUCAACGUCCUUCCGCUGCUCCUACCACCCCUUCUACACCGUCUGGAACAGGCUCCAGUCCCGCUCUCCAGACAGUUUCCGGCGCCUCGUCGCUCUCCCGCGGCAACUAUGGCGUCUUUGCCGGCGUGGCCGCUGCUGUUGCCGCCGCCCUCUUCGUAUAGAAUCUUCCCCUCUUUUCUUUCUCAUUCUGUAUGCUAUGCCAUCGGGGCGGAGCCUCGACACGAAUUUAAAAAGAUUAAUUGGGAGCAGCGCUAGAUUCGCAGGUUCCCUUCUCCCUGCGCGCUUCUUGAGGAAGUCGGUACACGAGCAUCAUUAUAACGAACCCUUUCCUUUUUUUUUGUGGAUAGUCUUAGCGAAAACCUACAUCGAAGGAAGAUCUCUCUCACACACUCACUGUUCGCUUUUCGUUCUUCUAUAUAACGUAAUCAUGGACGCAUGACAAGAUGCUGUGGGUGGCCAACCAACAGCUGCUGGGCAAGCUAUCAUCCAAAAGUAGUUCACCGGGACUACUGUAUUGUUCCUCGUUUUGUCAGAUAAUUUAAUCAACUCACAUUAGUAAACUGGAGAUUUUUUUUUUAGAUGGAUAUACCCUUACCUCUAUAUUUCUCUCCUCUCACAUCAUAAAUGUCUCCACAAUCACUGCAUCCCCCCUCCCCUUCCAUACCACAAUUCCAUUUCUCGAUCGUAUUAUUACCAUGACGAACACAUCCCUCCAUUUCCUUUCUUUCUUUCUCAGCGUCUCAAAUAUCUUCUCCGCCCACACAGUAGAUAAACAGUAGAAGAGAGAUAGAAUUGCAAAUGAUGUAGAUACCCUACUCGCCGGGCUGUUUCAUCGCUACCAGGGAUCACGAAGUCUAGACCUCUCUCUCCCCAUUAAGAAAAAAAAAAGGGGGGAAAGGGAGCAGGGUAGCGGUGUUAAUGUUACGUUUGAGGAAGAGAAUGUGCGUUUGUGUUGGGUUGCGUUACGUACUACUCUUGUAACGUACAAGAUAAAUGUAUAUAUAUGUGUGUGUGUGUGUGUGUUGUGGCCCUUU